UAUACUAUUCCACAACAUGACACAGAAAAAAGAGAAUCUAACACAUGCUACCAUGUAUGUUAUAAAGGACCCAAGUUUCCAUUUGAACUUGACUUUAACUUUUAACCCACCUAUUACUAUAUCCUCCUCUUCUAUUUGAAGCAUUGCUCUCUUCUCCUAUCAAUGAAAUCCUGCAUAAGCCUAAAGCUAAGGCUAAGUCUUCCACCUGCUAAAAAGGCAUGGAAGAGCAUCACUUCCACCCUUGGUAAACUUCAUAGGUCCAAAUCCAAAGCCAUGAAGAAACCCAGAAAGCAUUAUUCAAAAACCACCACUAAAAAGGUUACCAAGGCCCCUCCUAAGUUCCUUGCUACCAAACGUUUUCGUCGCAAAAGAUUAGCCUUAGCCACAGUGAGAAGCUUCAUCUUCGGGUUCCACAAGAAGCCUGCACCUGUGUAUAUUGACAAGCUCUUUAGAGAGCCUUCAUGUGACUUGGUGGGGCAUUUGAAGCCACAGACAGCACAAAAACCACGAACUGAAAGGCUCUCUGGGGGAGAAGGAACAACAAAGGGUGGUGGAUCUUGCACUUCAGAAUCAGAUGACAUGUGGGAAUCUUUGGCUUUAGCUUCACCUCAAAUGCAAGGAAUAGAUGAACGAGCAGAGGAGUUCAUCACUAGAUUCAGACAAGAGAUGGCGGAGCAAGAGAUGAUAGCAAGAAAUUUUUAGCAAGACAUGUUUCACUAUGCUAUAGUUGCUAAAGUCCAGAAUCUUAGUAAAGUUGUAGUGUAAUAACUGUCAAGUAUACAUCUUUUUAGCUUGUUGAUGACUAGUAUGUGUGGAUACUCUAUCAACUUGUUUUGUUUGUUAUUUUCCCAUUCAUUGAGAUAGUAAAGAAAAUAGAAAGAGGUGAAUAAUAUUUCUAAAACUCUAUAAGACAAAAAUACACUAUGCAUUAUCAUGA